AUGCGGUUCAUUUUUGGCAUACAGGAUCCCAAUUCAAGGAGUGGAGCCCUCACAGGAAUUGCCAGCAACCCGCCUUCUAGUCUUCCAGGGAUUGUACUGCGCCGCGUGAUUUCCUUAACAUUUACCUCUGAUCUCCGUUCAUUCCCAAUGAAGCGAAAGGCAGAAAUCGCUUAUGCUGUGAAAGAGAAAUCAGCUCGAGUGAUUUGUGAUGAAGAAGGAGAGACGUCUGCUGACGUUCUGUCGCUCCAUGUUCAAGAUAAGAGUAAAGCUGUGAAUGUAAUUACGAUUGAGAAAGCGUUUUCUCCUAAUCUGUUUAGGGUCAUGCGUAUUGUCCCAGACAAGCAAGAUUACAGCUUUGUUGAAAAGGUGCAGCUCCCACAAGAUGAAGUUCUGAGCCUCUGUAAUAAGCUUGUGCCCUCUUCUGCCACGGCUUCCUCAGGUGAGCCCCCGCGGGUUCGUAUCAAUUUCAGUGCACUCAAUCAACUAUGCUUACCGGCGAUCGGGUUCUAUGGAGACAAGAAAAUGCUCAUACAUAUUUUCCGCAAGGAAAGUAUAGUGGAAGACUGCGUUCUUGAUAAGAUGGAAGGAGGACUGUUAGAACCUGGAUUAUAUGUCAGUUUUCCUGAAAAGUCGAGUAGCAUGGUUGUUUUCUACUGGCAUGAAGGUGAGCAUUUUAAACAUGCCUCUAGAAAAAACGUGUCUUGCAAUUUUAUCAGAUACCUGGUUGAGCUUUGUGAUAGCGUAUAUGUGUGUGUGAAAGGGAGCUAUUCUUUUGAAUCUCUGGCUGCCUCUGCAACAAGCGCUUCUUCAAAAGCUACGCGCACACGAAGGAUUCAAGUCUCCAGUGUGAAGAAUUCGGAGAAUGAUGUGGAGCUGUUGCCUGGUAACAAUUUAAGAAUUGACAGAGGAGUGAAGAGUGCAAAGUCUGGAAAUGCCAAUAAUCAUGACGGAAAUGUGGUGUUCUGCGAAGGGUACCACCGCUUUUGUUUCCUGACAACAGAGGACAGACUUCCUGGGGUUUCUAAGAAUAGGCAGGAAGUCUCGAUGAAAGCUUCUGCAUUUUGCAAUAUGCUUGAAAGAUGGUCGGAAGAUUCUAAUGUCGAUUACUCCAGAUUGAGUAACGAGCAAUUCAUAAUUCUCCUGGAAAACUGUCAGCCACAAAAGUUUGAGAACUACAAGAAGUUCAUGGAAUCUUUCAAGACGAGCAAGUCAGCCAUUUACUCUGCACAAUUUGAGGAAUUCGAGAGAUGUUUUCUCAGAGUUAUUCAAGAAUUCUGUCCGCACGUUCUCCUUUUUGUAAGCAAUGAAACAAAACAAGGGAAUGCGAACGAGCAGAGUUCGUGCUCUGACAUGGACAUCGACGCGGACAGAUUUGAGCAACUGCAUCGAGAACUUUCAAUUAUUUUAGCAGAGAAGGAUAAUGUUUGCCAUGGAGAUCAGAGGGUAUUGUUGCUCGGAUCAGAAAUCAUUCAGUGUACCUGCUCCAAAAAGAUCAAUGGAAAGGCGAAGUUUCUACAACCUAGUAGCGCCAGUAAAGAUUUCCCACUAUCAGGUGAGAUUGUUAAAAUUGUUUUCUUUCCUGUUACUCGGAAAUCGGGUGCUAAGGAAGUAGUGGAGGGGGAGGUUCAUCUUGUUAAUAAGAGUUCGUCUCAUUCUGCAAUCCGUAGUUGGGUAGAAAAUAUGGUUCCUAUUGAAUUGAGAAGGCUCGAAAAAAAUUUAGUUUUUACUGCUUUCUUGUUGGACCGUGACCAGAGUCUAGGUGUAGGUUUUAUGGAAGAGCAUUUGUCAUUCCAAAACAUGCAGAGUCUGCCACCCGAAAUCCGAGAUCCGUAUGUCGAAUUCUGUAGCGUCCAUCCUGCUCAGUCAAUCGAUGAGGAGGCCCUCUUAUCUCAUGACACCCUUAAAACCGUGUGUUGUCAAGUCUAUAAUGACCAUGGAGGCAAGUUUCAGGAGAACAUAAAGGAGUUGUGGACUCGUUUGUUUAAGAAAAGGGGAAGUUCUGUCGACAGAGACACAAGACUCAGACAAGAUGAGUUUGUGAAAGAAUUGAAGAAGAAGAUGUCCACGGUAAAGAAUGACAGCUUGAUGACCAGAUAUAUUGAGGAAGUUAGGAGCACUAGACCUUCGUGGUGGCAUUCAUAUUGGGAGCAAGCGGAGCUGAAGGUGAAGGUGUCAACUGAGGAGAAACAUCCGUUCGCCAUUGUUUAUAAAGCAUGUGAACUGACUCCAAUGAGAAAAGACAUUUCUGAGUUUAAUAGCAACAGUGGGCGUUCAAUUGUACCAAAAUGUGGAGAAUCAGUAGAAUUAGCAGCCAUUAAUCCUCAGCAUGAAAGAUUAUUUAAAGUAGUCAUCCUGAAGUCAGGAGAGCUCAUGGUUUUCAUUCACAAUUUUAAAGAUUCCUCCUUGUAUUUGUACCGGUGUCCCAAGAUUGGUGUCAACAUAAAUAAUACCAGUCAUCCCAUUCUAACGUUUAGGAGGGGAUUCGAUUUGUUGGCUGUCGAUGAAGCUACCAGAUCUAUGGCUCUCUAUGAAAAAGAUAGGUCAAAGAUUGUAAUUUUUAGAUUUGACGAGUCAUUUAGGAAUGUCUUUGGGACUGGGGUUGAGGUUAACCUAGAGUCCUAUAUAGGAAGCAAGAACAUUACAUGGAUGCAUUUAAUUCCGGGGAAAAUGGAACUGCUCAUGGUUGAUGACACCAACAGAGCAAGGGUGGCUGAAAUCCACGAGAAGCCGAUGAUGAAGCCAAAGCAUAUUUCUCUUCCUUUGCAGCAGCACUCCUCUUUGAGAGCAUGUGUUUCUGCUGACGGCUAUUUCUUCCUUGUUUUCAGGCAGUUGCAGCGGCAGGGUGAAGAUAUUGGUGUUGCGGGUACAGGACAUUCAUGUCAUGAAAACAUACUUGAAAUUUAUGUUUUGGGUGAUAGCAUGAGCCACUUGAAGACAAUCCAUUUGAAUGCAGGAGAAUGCAGUAUAUCUGAUUUGGAACAACUUGGGGCGAAAAUUACGAUCUUCGGAUCACAAAGUCAGCUUUUGCUAUAUCGCCCUGUAGAUGCUCCUGAUUUUAUCCUUUCCUAUGUCCUGAAAACCGCUUUAGCUAAAGAAGCUGUGCAGUUGCAUCAAGUAGAUCAGAUUAAAGCUCCCGACGAUGAAACAGAAAUCGCUGGGGCGUGCCCCUAUUUGGGUUACAUCUAUCACAUUUUUGACAAGUUUGCAACAACACCCAAGUUGUUUCCACAUGCUAAGAAGUGCAUUACAUUCAAAGUGGUACUGGAAAGUAGUAGAUCAGAUCGCUGCAAUGGUCAGGGAUGUCUCACCUAUUUAGAAGCUCUUAUUAGACAACUCAAGGCUGGAAAAGAUAAAGACUUUUCAGGCAUGGAGAUUCAAUUUGAAGUGAAUAAUGUAGAGAAUUGCUCAGUUUCAGCUGCAGCAGAGCAGCAGAAACAUGUGAAAAUGGGAAUGUGGGUUGGGAAGCUUGUUUGCCUCGUUCCUAUCCAAAUAGCUCGUGCAGAAAACAAUGCAAUGGUAGCUCUUAAGGAUGGACUUCAAAUACCGCCUGAUGUUAGUUAUGUGAACAGUGUAUCACUUGCUUACUCUAUACGCUUUGGGUUCUAUGAUGCUGUUCUUAGCAGUUGGAAAGGCAAGAUUAAGGUGAUAUCUUCCAUGGGAAAGCAAAGUAGCGGAAAGUCAUAUUUGUUAAAUCAUCUGUCAGGGUCACUUCUUGAUGUUGCAGGUGGCAGGUGCACAGGAGGAGUGUGGAUGACCCUUGCAACGGGCGAAGAUGGAGAUGACAGCAGGGAAAGCAGGUGCUUGUAUGUGCUCUUGGACUUCGAGGGCCUCGGCAGUUUUGAGAGAAGUGAACAAGAGGAUAUGCUUCUCUCUGUUCUCAAUGCCGCUGUCAGCAACAUCACAAUAUUCAACAAAAAGGAUUUUCACUUUGGAUAAGGACACACAAUCCGCUUUCAGCCGGUUCCAGAGUGGGAUCAAUCUACUCAAGCAGGACAAAAUGUUAUUUAAAGGUCUAUUUUACAUUGCCAUCAAGGAUGUGGACACAUCCGAUGUA